GCGCUUUGCUGUUCCCGUUCGAAAGGGCUUGACGAAGGCUGGCAGUGUCUGUGAGAGCUCACGGUCCAGGAAUGGGUAGGGAGGGCCUCCUCAAAAGGCACCUGGAAUGCUUUUCGUGGGAAGCUGGGGCACUGACCCUUAGCCCCUGUGGUAGGGUCAGCCCUUGUUACAUGGACCUCUUUAGCUCAGCUGUCAACUGAACUCUCCUCUCAGCGCUCAUCUGAGUCUGGAAGUUCUGAUGUCUUUAGAUGAAAAGAAGAUUUUUUGUUUAGUUGUAUAGUCAGUCAUUUGCUAGGAAAAAGAGCCUGUUUUAUAUUAAAUAUAUAUAUAAGCCAGUUGUUUAGAAGGAGAUAAAACAAGCAUGCAUCUUCUGUGCGAGUAAGUGUCUGGGAGUGUGUGUGUGUGAGAUUCUGGGUGUGCGUUAGCAAGCGCAACUGAGAGAGAGAGGAAGGCAGCGACAGAGAGAGAGUGCUCACUCGGACAACAGAAAGGAGCCUCUCACAGUGCUGUUUGUGCCGUUGCCUAGACGAUCGCUGGCUCCCGGUAGAGGGAAUGUCUGGCUCCAGGAAGGAGUUUGACGUGAAGCAGAUCUUGCGAAUCAGAUGGCGGUGGUUCGGCCAUCCCACGUCCCCGCCACCAACCGGCCUGGCCGAGGAAGAGCAGCCAGGGGAAUUCUGGUUCAGGGGAGCUGGGGGUCACCCCUCUAACGGUGGGGCCCCCGCCGGCGGCAGCAGUGGUAGAAAGUUUUUGGAGCCCGGGAACGUACCGCUGCCCUUGGCCGCGAUGGGCUGCCCUCACCCCACCAGCCAGCGGGACUGUGCCAGCCCUUCACUCCAUCCCGGGGCUGCUCCUUUGGAGGUGCCCUGCCUGGAGUUCACAGCGGAGGGUUGCCAGGGGGCACAGGCCCCUGACGGUCCCGAGACAGAGGACGUCGGAGGGAGCGAGGAGGAGGAGAACGACUCCGACAGCAGCUCCUGCAGGACCUCCAAUAGCUGCCACACGGUGUCUUCAUGCCACACUAUGGAGACCUGUGCUUCUGAGGAAUUCUUCCAGGCCUUGAACCACGCUGAGCUCACCUUCAGGAAGAUGGAGAGCUACCUGAGACACAAGCAGCUGUGCGACGUGGUGCUGGUGGCGGGCGAGCGCAGGAUCCCCGCUCACAGGCUGGUCCUGUCCUCGGUCUCGGACUACUUUGCGGCCAUGUUCACCAGUGACGUCCGGGAGGCGAAACAAGAGGAAGUCAAGAUGGAGGGUGUGGAACCCAGUGCGCUGUGGGCUCUGGUACAGUAUGCCUACACAGGUCGUCUGGAGCUGCGAGAGGAGACCAUCGAGAGCCUGCUGUCCACAGCCUGCCUGCUGCAGCUGUCCCCCGUGGUGGAGGCCUGCUGUCGCUUCCUCAUGAAGCAGCUCCACCCCUCCAACUGCCUGGGAAUCCGCUCCUUCGCCGAUGCCCAGGGCUGCACCGACCUGCACCGGGUGGCGCACAACUACACCAUGGAGCACUUCCUGGAGGUGAUCAGGAACCAGGAGUUCCUGCUGCUGCCAGCCGGCGAGGUACUGAAGCUCAUGGCCUCUGAUGACAUGAACGUCCCCGACGAGGAGACGGUCCUGAACGCCUUGCUGAGCUGGGUGCACCACGACGUCGGGCGCAGGCAGGGCGAGCUCAGCAAGCUGCUGGCCUUCAUCAGACUGCCUCUGCUGGCCCCACAGUUCCUGGCCGACAUGGAGAACAAUCCCCUUUUCCGGGACAACAUCGAAUGUCACCGACUGAUCAUGGAGGCCAUGAAGUACCACCUGCUGCCUGAGCGCAGGCCCUUGCUGCAGAGCCCGCGGACCAGGCCCAGGAAGUCCACUGUGGGGGUGCUGUUUGCAGUAGGGGGCAUGGACGCCACCAAAGGUGCCACUAGUAUCGAGAGGUACGAGCUGCGCACCAACACGUGGACGCACGUGGCCAACAUGAACGGCAGACGGCUGCAGUUCGGCGUGGCCGUGCUGGACGACAAGCUGUACGUGGUCGGGGGGAGGGACGGCCUGAAGACCCUCAACACCGUCGAGUGCUACAACCCAAAGAACAAGACCUGGAGCGUGAUGCCACCCAUGUCCACUCACAGACACGGCCUGGGUGUGGCGGUGCUGGAGGGCCCCAUGUAUGCUGUGGGGGGCCACGAUGGCUGGAGUUAUCUGAACACGGUGGAACGGUGGGACCCCCAGGCGCGGCAGUGGAGCUUUGUGGCCAGCAUGUCCACCCCCAGGAGCACAGUGGGGGUCGCCGUGCUCAGUGGAAAGCUUUAUGCAGUCGGGGGUCGGGAUGGCAGCUCCUGCCUGAAGUCGGUGGAGUGUUUUGACCCCCACACCAACAAAUGGGUCCACUGCGCGCAGAUGGCCAAGAGGAGAGGAGGGGUAGGCGUUGCCACCUGGAAUGGAUUCCUCUACGCCAUCGGGGGCCACGAUGCCCCAGCCUCCAGCCUGACGUCGCGGCUGUCAGACUGUGUGGAGAGGUAUGACCCUAAGACAGACACGUGGACAGCGGUGGCCCCGAUGAGCAUCAGCAGAGACGCUGUAGGGGUGUGCCUGAUGGGGGAUCGCCUGUACGCCGUUGGGGGGUACGAUGGACAGGUCUAUUUGAAUGCCGUUGAAGCCUACGACCCCCAGACCAAUGAGUGGACACAGGUUGCACCGUUGUGCCUUGGGAGGGCAGGAGCCUGUGUUGUGGCAGUGAAGUUAUAACCCAGCGUCUCCUUCUCCCCAGACAUCAUUACAGUUCUUAUUCUCUUUGUCAAAAUCCGCGGCAUUUUUUUUUUCUUCUGUCCCAAAGAACUACUUAAAAGGGAUUCUACCAAGGAAGAAUUUAAUAUCUAUUUCCAUUCUGCUGUGUAUUGGAAACUUUGCUCAUUUAACUGCGCUGUGUCAAUCAUUAGAUAACAGCCCAGCAUGAUGUACAGCAUGUAGCCUCUGUGGAGUUUUUUAAUCAGCUGGGCUGAAACUCACAGUCUUUCUAAAUUACAGUUUGGCCCUUGUCCAGUUUAAUGUGCUGAUUCCCAGUUUGAUUUUGGAUAGGGUUGAUUGUACCACAGGGAACAGUAUAUGGAGAAAGGUUGGAGUCUGAGGCGUGUUAUGCCAUUGUCACAGACCUCACUGUGCUAGAAGAUACUUCUGCUCCUGAAACGCAUCGGAGGCUGGUGGGGGGAGGGGAUGUUCCCUCUGUUACUGAUCCAGACAAAAGACAUUCUCACUUUAGAAAAUGAAAAAAGAACCAUGUAUCAUUUCUCUUCCUCCUGACAGGUUACAAAUUGCAUUUUUGGGGACAUAGUGAGAAAUUGGGAUUUUACCGGAGCUGAAUUUAAUAGCACAGUGAUUGAACUGCACAUACUCCCAUUUUCCCCUGGUGCUGUAAUGGAUGCAUCUCACUGAGCAUCAGUGUUCUUUCACCAAUGACAGUACAGGCCUGAGACAGGCUGUCCUGCACACUGCUCAGGCAGCAGUGGAGGAAGAGCACAGGGUGUGUGUUGUUUGGUGAUAGACAUCCAUUGCUAUUUCUGAAGACAUACAGGGUAAUUAGACAUCACUGUUUGUUUCUGUUCUUUAAGUCUCCUUACUAGACAUUCCAUUUUUUAAAUAUCUUUUUAAAAGUAGCCAUCAAAGUAGGCAAACAUCUGGGCUAUUUUCAAAGGCCUUUCCUGCCAUUCCAAGCUUAUUGCCUGUUUUUGCACAUAAUAAAAUGCUAAAUUAAACUCCUGGUAUUACGGGAUCAAAAAAAGUGGACUGCUCAGAUUAUCUGAGUGACUAAAGUGGCAGUUUAGUUCUUUAUCGUAUUGUCUUAUGACUUUCACUCCGUAUUUGAGCAAGACACAAAAUUGUAGUUUUAGAUAAGAGAACAAUCGUCACAUACAGUAAAAAAUAAUAGUGACCCACAUUGAGACAGGGAGACUCUAACUUUGAGGACAUUCAGCAGUACAUCAUUUCAAAUUCAUGAAUGUAUUUUUUCUCUUCUUAGUAUUCACAGCACCACUGAUCAGUUAAGUGGGAUUUUGUUGCAUGCACUUUUGAAGCGAAUGGCGUAACGCAGACUGUAGCUCCAUCUCAGUGCAGCCCUUUGACUUUAAAAACACAUUUCCACUUCAGAGAAGGGAUCUGGAGUCUCUACAAAGAAAUUCAGAGCAGAGAUCCGUAAGUCCACGUGUGAAAAUGAAGCCUUGUGGAUUCCUCCACCUGAUACCUCCUGAGUUUUAGGAGGGAAAGCCUUCAUUUCAAACUCUGGGGCGGGAGGGGGGAGGUGGUGGAAGAACAGGUGGUUGGAAAAGGUCUUGGUUGAAUAAACACCCUGUUGCAUUCUCUGAUAUUUUAAUCAAAAUUAUUCAAUGUUCCCAUUCUCAUGUUCUCCUUCUCAAAAUUCCAGAAAAAUCUAUGUGAUAUUAUAUAUGUAUUGUACUGUAUUAUAUAAUUAUUAUAAUCUAUAUAAUAUUUUCUGAUUUUUUUUUUAGCCAAACAAUAGAAACAUUCCAACAGAACAGAGAGAAGGUUGUUUAUAGGGUAACAUCCUGAGCAUGUGAUGAGUGCUGGCCAGAGCUGGAACUUUGAUAGUGGUCUUAUAAAGUCUGUCCCCACUUGGUAUAAAAUGAAGUGUCUGUAAUACAGUUUAUAGAUUGCUUGGACAAAUAGGGCAAUAUUUUAUGUUUUUAAUUAUUUGGAGAUGUUUAAAGCUUGAUUUGCUUUUAUACUAUACUGUAUGUGCCUACAUUUUUCUUCUCAUUUCAAUUGUAUUUUCAUUGUUACACGAUGGGGGUGUGUUAAUGGUCAAAUUAAGAAAGUAUUCCUCUGAAUAUUCAUGUAAUAUAAACCAAUAUUAUCUAUAUUGAAUGGAAGAUAUAUUAUAUGAUAGUCCACAUUGUGGGUGCACAGUUGGUAGACUUGCAUUGGAUCCAUUCUGCAUGGCUGGACUGAGGCUUUGACUGGAUAAGUUCCACAGGUCAAAGUUGUACAGUACAGUAGUUCCAGUUCAAUGCCUGGAAGAUGCAGCAGCAGUAGUUUUUGAACAUGAUCUGUUAAGAACAGUUUCUUGGGACAGGAUAUUAGCAGCAACCUAAACUGCCUUUAAAAAGCAGAUACUGCAGAUUUUACUUAUCUUUAGGAAGUCUUAAUACUUUCCUUUUUUUCCGUUCCUUCAAAUGCAGAUGCCAUUUUUGGGGGGCUUUUCUUUACUGUUGAUGUACAGUAGAGCUGUGGUGUUCUGUGUUUCAGUGGAAGGAAGGGGUGAAACUCCUGGGUUCUCAUUCAAAAGAAUAGUACAUUUCUGAAGGAAAUUUCUUCUGCUCAACAACCUGAAACGACAAUGGCGGACGAGGGGGACAGAUUUCAGUUCCCUGUUGCCCUUGGCAUGAACGAGCCCCCACUGUAAACAUUGCUCCACCCAGACUGCGAUAUAAGUAAACAGGAUUCCUACAUUCCUUCAUUCAAACCUGUGAACUGCAUUCCUGCUGGAAGUGUGCAUGUCUGUUCUAGAAUCCUUUGUGUCCAUCUGUUGGGGGUGACAAACUGCUUUGAACCCGUGUUUUGACCUUCUGUUGCCUUAAUGGAGAGUAGGAUAUUACAAAUCACAGGGCACUGUCUUUGUCACCCCAGAGUUCCGACAGACAGACAAGCAUGAGCUUCCAGCUCCCCCAUUCUGGUCCCAGGCCCUCCUGUGUGAUGUUCUCACCCUGUGUGUGGUAUUUAAGUGAAAUGUUUUAUAUAUUUGUUUUUCGAAAGGGAAAAAUAUUUAUUUAAAUAUAUGACUUUAUUAUUUAGCAACUUUGAUUUUUUUAAAAUAGUUUACUGCAUGCCUUGUUUAUUCUCCAUUCAAUCUGCUUUUCUGUGCACUUUUUUAUAUUAAAAUAUUGGAA